AUGAACCCCGCCAGGUCGAAUGCGGUGGGUAUCGAUGCCAGCUUUGUUCAGGUGGUUGCAGACACCGUCAAUUCAAAAGAUUUUCACGGACCAAAAGCCGCACGUGUGGCCAAAACUGUAAAUGAUGCUUUGAGGGAAGUCCUGGUCGUUGCAUCGCGGUUUCAACGGUUGGGCAGGCGAAAACAAUUAACCCCAGAAGACCUCGACUGUGCAAUUCGGUUAAAGGGGAUAACGGUAGGUCUGGAAAUACUUUUUUAUUGGUCUUUAGCCGCCUUUUGGAUUCGAGACUGGCACCCAACCCAGCUUCAAGUAUGCAGGUAAUCUUGUCCGUGACAUGUUCGUCAAAGAGGAUCAUGAAGUAGAUCUCCAGAGCUUUAUUCAGGCUCCUCUCCCCCGGCUACCUCUUGCUCCAUCUUUGAAAGGUAAUUAAUUAGUCAUCAGAUUUCUGUUGAUUUUAGGUAAUGAAAUGUAGCAUUAAGUUAAAUAUUUAUUGAAGUCAUUUUUAGCGCAUUGGUUAGUAAUUGACGGUGAACAGCCAGCCAUACCAGAGAAUCCUCAGCCGGAGAAACCCAAACUAAUGCCGGUACAGAAUCUUCCGUCGACGUCGGUAGAAGAUGGUCCCCCCUUACUAAAACAACUGGGAAAAGAUGUCAGAAAAAUAACUCAAGUACAAAUAAAGACGACAUCCACACAUCCAAUCUCCUUAGAACAACAGAUCUUCUUUAAGGAAGUGAUGGAAGCAGCGAUGGGAACAGAUGACAACAAGAGGAAAGAGGCCCUCAGUGUGAUACAAACCGACUGCGGAAUACAGCUUUUGUUACCAAGGUUCUCAUUGGCCAUUGCCGAAGGUGUCCGAUGUAAUGUGGCCAUGAGGAAUCUGGCCUUCUUGAUCUAUCAUAUGCGGGUGUUACAAUCUCUGGCGAACAACAAGACUGUCAAUCUAGAAGGAGUGGUAGGUUUUGUACUUGAAGACUACUGUAAACUUAGUUACAUGAGAUCUUGCCUUCCAUUCUCACCUGUAUUCUGAGCAAAACUCUGUGUCCCACGGAAAGAGAUAAUCAUUGGGUGCUGAGGAGUUUCAGUUCCAAGUUAUUGGCCACGAUUUACAAGUAGGUGACAAUUGCUUGUUUUGAUAAUCAUGGAACCUAUGGUUUAGGCAAUAUACUGCCACAAAUGUUCGUAUUCGAAUUGUAAAGGUGCUUUCGGACGCUCUCAGGAAUCCGAAUAACUCGAUUACAACAAUUGCCGCAGCUGCCACAGCACUUUCGGACCUUGGACAGGAGGUAAGGACUAAUUAGUGUGUAAUGUAAUCCUCCAGGUGAUGCAAUCUAUGAUUGCCCCCAUCAAAGAACAACUACAACAAGUCGCUCAGCGAAUUCUUAUGACCUCAGGGCCUAAAGUGGAAGGUCAGAUGAACGAUGACUUUACUGCUGCCGAAAAAUUACAUGAGAUCUUGAAGGUAAGCAGCUUAAAAAAAGAUUUAUGGUGUUUUAGAAAGUGAGUUCUCUGGAAUAUGGCGAUGAAUUUAACAGUCAGCCCGAGAAAAGGGACGUGGUACACAGGAGACUAAUACCUCGAAUGGAAGUUGGCAUCUGA